UCGCCGCCGCCAUCAUGUCAGAAUACCGGCCGGAUGCUCAGCUCUUCUCUGCAGCAGGACCUUACCUGUUCCUUGGUCCAGUGCUGACACAUGACAGGUUCCAGAAGAUGCUGUGCCAUUCACAAAGUGGAGCGCUUCUCAUGCAUGCGCAGUCCGCAGUCUCUUGGUCAUCCCUUGUACUGUCUGCAGUCUCUUGGUCAUCCCCUGUACUGUCCGAAGUCUCUGGUCAUCCCCUGUACUGUCCGAAGUUCUGUACUUUCCACAGUCUCUGGUCAUCCCCUGUACUAUGUCUGUAGUCUCUGGUCAUCUCCUGUACUAUGUCCACAGUCUCUGGUCAUCCCCUGUACUAUGUCCGCAGUCUCUGGUCAUCUCCUGUACUGUAUUCGCAGUCUCUGGUCAUCUGUACUGUGUCCGCAGUCUCUGGUCAUCCCCUGUACUAUGUUCGCAGUCUCUGGUGAACCCCUGUACUGUCUGCAGUCUCUGAUCAUCUCCUGUACUGUGUCCGCAGUCUCUGGUCAU